AUUUAUGGAAUAAAUUUCAUUAUAGAGUGAGAUAUGGAGUUGGGUUGGAGCAUUCCUUACUCCAUAUUUAAUUUUACUCCAUUUAAAGGAAAAAAUAGAGUGAGGAUGGAGAUGCCCUAAGAUUAUAUGAAAAAUUAAAAACCAUCUCUUCAAUAAUAGAUAUAAUAACACCAUGCACGAUUUCAUAGGUAGGUUUUUGAAUUUUUUUGUCUGUUAAAAAAAUAAUAAUUAAAAGGAAACCAAUCGUGUGUCGCCAAAUGUCAGUAGAACCCGCGAACAGUUCAAAAACCACCUAAGAUUCGGUCCUUAUAGAAGAGGAAGAAGAUGCAGUUUUUAAAAGUGAGUGAAAUCCACUGAUUUUUUUAAUUAUUCUUUUGCUAAAACCCAUGGGUAAGAGCUAGGGUAAUGGUGUUCUAAGAACCGUUUUUAGCCGAAAAUUGUAAAAAAAAAAACAAAAAAUUAUCAAUCAUAAAUUAAGAACUCCGGCUAAAAAAACCAUGAUUAAUCAUGCUCUCAUGAACCAAACUAUAAUAUUCCUUUGAAUAGUAAUCAAUCUAAUACAUUUUCUUUUGUCAGCAUCUAUCUUACAAAAUUUUACCUUUUCCACACAAACUAUGUUAACUUUAUUUAUUUAAUUUUUGGUAAUUUUUUAAAAACAUCAUUUAUUUUAUUUUUUAGUUUAAAUAUACAAUAAAAAAAUUUAUUCCUUUCCACAUUUGUAGCCUUUUGGGCCUAUAUAUUUGUUGGCCCAAUUAUAACUCUCUCAAACAGUCUUAAUUGCGCGCGAAAGUUAAAUGAUUUUCCCCAUUCUUUAGGGUUUCUGAGAUUUCCAGCAGGUUUCAUCAUCAAUGGAAGCUUCAAAUAAAAGAAGAAGGGAAGCUGAAGAGUUAUGUUUCGCUGAUGAAGAAUCAGAGAUUUCAUCUUCUUCUUUGCCGUUAGUCAUAUUUGCUCACGGUGCCGGAGCUCCCUCUUCUUCCGACUGGAUGAUUCGAUGGAAGGAUAAGCUAAAGAAGAGCUUAUCAGCCGUUGAAGUUAUCACAUUUGAUUACCCUUAUAUUGCUGGAGGGAAAAGAAGAGUUCCUCCAAAAGCUGAAAAGCUCGUUCAAUUUCAUUUAGAUCUUGUCAAAGAAACUGCUGCUAAGUUCCCUGGUCAUCCUUUGAUAUUGGCUGGUAAAUCAAUGGGUUCAAGAGUAAGCUGCAUGGUAGCCGUGGAUGAAGAUAUUCCAGUUUCAGCUGUUAUAUGCUUGGGAUAUCCACUUAAGGGCAUGAAAGGUGCAAUAAGAGAUGAAACCUUGUUGAAAAUGGAAACCCCUGUGAUGUUUGUGCAGGGUAGCAAAGAUCCUAUGUGUCCACUGGAUAGGCUCCAAGCUGUUUGCAACAAAAUGAAGGCUUUGACUGAGCUGCAUGUCAUCGAUGGUGGAGAUCACUCCUUCAAGAUUGGGAAGAAGCACCUUGAAGCAAAGGGUUUGACACAAGAUCUAGUUGAAGAUGUCGCUCUGCAAGCAAUUGCAGCUUUUGUCUCCAAAUCUCUUGCUUUCUGAAAAAUCAUAAUAGUAACCGCUUUACAGAUUUGUAAACCAAGCAAUUUUUCCAACUCAAAAUCUUUUCUUACAAUAGAUGCAUCGUUUGACUAAUUUCCUAUCAGAAUGAAGAGUUCUGUGUCAAUGAAUGUUGCGUAUUUGGUCAAGAUCUAGUAUUUACUUA